AUCUAUAAAGAUCCUGAUCCCCUACUUUUAUCGCCACUAGUGAGCUGUGCUGACCGCUACAGAACAGUUUUUUUCCACUGAAUUCUUUUCACCACUAUAAGCGAACAUGGAAUCUGCUCCAAGAGUUACCACAUGGUCAGCUGAGCACACCCACUCAAUGUGUGGUCAGAAUUCACUGUCCACAGCUUCUCCCACAGCACCAAGAACAUCCAUCUUUACCAGGAAGAUUCAGAGAGGCUGGUGCAGGUGGGUAUGCACCAAACUGGCUCAGUGCCAGGAACAGGUAAACUAUGUCAGGCUGUGGAACUGAAAGGCAAAAGACUCCAGCAGUCACUCUGGAAGGAGUUCUCCAACAUGCCCCAUCUUCAAGGAGUUGGACCUAGUGCUUUCCAGGGCCCCCAGUACAGAGCCUGAGGUGACUCUCAACCCUGUGGGCCUUAUCGUCUGACAGCCAUGUCUACACUGGCAACUGGAUACAGGUGCAUGGAUGUCCGCAUCUAAACCCAGGGUGAGGAGGCAAUGAGGAUUGUGGAGGUGGCAGCCUCCAUAGACCCAGAGGAGGAGGAGCAAUUUAUCCUGCACCUCUGCCUGAGAAACCAACUGAGCAAACCCAUCUGGAUGAGCCAGAGGAGGACCCCAAGGCUCACCAGGAGCCAGAACCCAAGAGUGCAAUGAAUCUGACGUGGUGGAAAACCUGAAUGAAAUCUACCAGACAGGAACUUUUGUCCAGAUCCAUGAAAUGCAGGACCUUGGAGACAAGCUGCGCAUGAUUGUCAUGGGGCACCGAAGAAUUCGUAUAAACAAGCAACUAGAGGUUGAGCCUGAGGAAUCUGAAUCUGAGAACAAACAGAAAGCAAGAAGGAAGCUGAAGCGCUCCAAGAGAGAGGCUGAAGAAGAGGAGGGACCAAAGGACCAAACUGUGGAGCUGGUGCUAGAACCUGUGGCUGCCUCGCCGGAAGAAGUGCUCAUGGUAGAAGUGGACAAUGUUGUCCAUGAAGAUUUUCAGAUCACAGAAGAAGUUAAAGCGCUUACUGCAGAAAUUGUCAAAACAAUCCGGGACAUCAUUGCCUUGAACCCUCUCUACAGAGAGUCUGUGCUUCAGAUGAUGCAGGCAGGGCAACGAGUGGUAGAUAAUCCAAUCUAUCUGAGUGACAUGGGUGCAGCGUUAACAGGGGCAGAGUCGCACGAGCUGCAGGAUAUCCUGGAAGAAACCAAUAUUCCCAAACGGCUUUAUAAGGCCCUCUCUCUCCUGAAGAAAGAGUAUGAGCUGAGUAAACUCCAGCAGCGUCUUGGACGGGAGGUUGAGGAGAAGAUCAAGCAGACUCAUCGCAAGUAUCUUCUCCAAGAGCAACUGAAGAUUAUCAAGAAAGAGCUGGGCCUAGAGAAGGAGGACAAAGAUGCCAUAGAGGAGAAAUUCCGAGAGCGGCUCAAGGAUCUGGUAGUGCCAAAACAUGUCAUGGAAGUGAUUGAUGAAGAGCUGAACAAACUUGGUUUGCUGGACAAUCACUCCUCAGAAUUCAAUGUUACCCGGAACUACUUGGAUUGGCUGACGUCCAUCCCAUGGGGUAAAUGCAGCGAGGAGAACCUGGAGCUAACCAGAGCUCGGGCAGUUCUGGAGGAGGAUCACUAUGGAAUGGAUGACGUCAAGAAGCGAAUUCUGGAAUUCAUAGCAGUCAGCCAACUGCGAGGAUCAACCCAAGGGAAGAUUCUUUGUUUUUAUGGCCCUCCAGGGGUUGGCAAGACCAGCAUUGCCCGCUCUAUCGCUAGAGCCUUAAACCGAGAGUAUUUCCGCUUCAGUGUUGGAGGAAUGACUGAUGUGGCAGAAAUCAAAGGACACAGGAGGACAUAUGUUGGAGCAAUGCCAGGGAAAAUAAUCCAGUGCCUAAAAAAGACCAAGACAGAAAACCCCCUGAUCCUGAUUGAUGAGGUGGAUAAAAUUGGGCGAGGCUAUCAAGGUGACCCAUCCUCAGCCCUUCUAGAGCUGCUGGACCCAGAACAAAACUCUAACUUCUUGGAUCAUUACCUUGAUGUUCCUGUAGAUUUAUCAAAGGUGCUCUUUAUUUGUACUGCCAAUGUGACAGACACCAUCCCAGAGCCGCUCCGGGACAGAAUGGAAAUGAUCAAUGUGUCAGGAUAUGUCGCACAAGAGAAACUUGCAAUUGCAGAGAGGUACUUGGUCCCUCAAGCACGUGUCCUGAGUGGUUUGGAUGAAAGCAAGACCAAGAUCUCAUCAGAUGUGCUGACUGUUCUCAUCAAGCAGUACUGCAGGGAGAGUGGAGUGAGGAACCUGCAGAAGCAGGUGGAGAAGGUGUUAAGGAAAUCUGCCUAUAAGAUUGUCAGUGGAGAAGCAGAAACAGUUGAGGUAACCCCUGAAAACUUGCAGGACUUUGUUGGCAAGCCCAUCUUCACUGUGGAUCGGAUGUAUGACCUCACUCCUCCUGGAGUGGUGAUGGGCCUGGCCUGGACAGCUAUGGGAGGUUCCACUCUAUUUAUUGAAACAUCCCUGCGGCGACCCAAAGACAAGGAAAACAAGGAUGGGUCCCUUGAAAUAACAGGACAACUGGGAGAUGUGAUGAAAGAGAGUGCCAAAAUAGCUUACACAUUUGCACGAGCUUUCCUGAUGCAGAAGGAACCCACCAUUGACUUUCUGGUGACCUCCCACAUCCAUUUGCAUGUGCCAGAGGGAGCAACUCCAAAGGACGGACCAAGCGCAGGAUGUACCAUAGUAACGGCCUUACUGUCAUUGGCCAUGAAUAGUCCAGUGAGGCAAAACAUGGCCAUGACUGGUGAAGUGUCAUUAACUGGAAAGAUUCUUCCUGUUGGUGGAAUCAAGGAGAAGACCAUUGCAGCCAAGCGAGCUGGUGUUACCUGUAUAAUUCUCCCAUCAGAGAACAAGAAGGAUUACUAUGACCUUGCUGACUUCAUUACAGAGGGACUAGAAGUGCAUUUUGUUGACCACUACAACAAAAUAUUUGACAUAGUGUUUCCAGAACUUGAUACCCCAGGAGGCUGACUGACAUGAACCGUUUGUACUGAGAAGGAUCUGUCCCUGACUGCUCUGUUACCCCAAAAGCAAGAUGGUCUGGAGCAUAAAUAUUGCUGCUGCGCAGCCACUAAUUGAUUAUGGCUUAAUUUAGUACUGCCUUGGUUAGUGUGAAGCAUUUCCCACUUGUUUACAAAGUGGUUUGAAUUAUGACCUGAUUAAAAUAUUUCUAGUAAGAUGU